CGAUCAACAACCGCGACAUGCAAUCAUCGUAGCCGGCCACUCUAAUCUACUCCGGCGCCAAGAAGAGACGGCGGAACGGUCAAGAACUCGAUCGCCGACCGACCAUGCCGAGGGAGUGCAACCCGUGCAGCGGCAUGCUCGCGCUCUUCAAGGGGCGCCCGAGGGCGCAGCAGCUGUCGCAGCCGCCGAAGCCGACGCUGCUCCGCCGCGCGUUCGGCAGGAUGAAGAGCAACCGCCGCCGCCGGCGCCACCGUUCCAGCAGCUUCAGCUCCGUCCGCGCGGUUUUCUGGCCGCUCAUGUCCAUGGGCUCGGAUGUGGACCGCAGCUUCGUCGCCGACCGGCCGCCCAGGAGCUCCUCGGACGACAGCGGCGGCACCGCCGUGCGCGCGCCGUCGCCGUCCCUCGACACGCCCGGCGCGGGGUCGACCACGGCCGCGCGGUUGCUCGCGAUCCAGCAGGCUCAGAUCAGCGAGGCCGCCGCAUCGGCGUCUCCUGCCAAGCAGAGCGGCACGGCAUCUGGCGCCGUGCGCGCCCCGUCGCCGUCGCUGGACGAGCAAGCCGCGUUGACGACGACGGCCGCGCGGGUGCUCGCGCUGCAGGCCCGGCUCGGCUCGGCCGCGGUAUUCGCGUCGCCGACGAAGCCGAUUACCACCGCAGUGCAUCGUCUCAGCGACGUGGCCGCCGCCUGCGGAGACGGCGAUGUGGAGGAGGCGUGCAAAGGCUUCGAGCGGCACCUGAUGGAGAUGCUGGUGGAGGAGGCCAAGGUGGGGGACCUCAUGGACGUCGAGGAGCUGCUCGGCUGCUGGGAGAAGCUCAGGUCGCCGGUGUUCGUCCGGCUCGUCGGCCGCUUCUACGGCGACCUCUGCAUGGACCUCUUCACCGACCUCGAUGACGACGUGUCAUCCGAGUCGUCCGACGAUUCGACUGUUUGACCGCGCGCGGCGCUUCUCAUGAGGGUUUCAGUUUGUUCCUAUGACAGGUGGACCCGAAUGUGAUGAUUUUAUCAUUUUAUUAUCAUUUCUCCAGACUGAAGGAGAAAACUGUUUCAUGCUUUUGUCCAAGGCGUGGUAUGUACAUCUCUUUUUCCUGUCUGAAGCA